AUGGGUAGGAUCGAAGACGAGGAAUGCAUACAGGUUCAAAUAUGGUACUCCGGACGCGUGAAAGGCAAGAACGGAGUGGGUAUUUUGGUGGAUAGGGAGCUCAGGGAGUCAGUGGUUGAGGUUAGGAGGGUUAAAGACAGAUUGAUAGCGAUUAAGUUAGUAGUUGGAGGGAGCACUCUGAAUGUAGUUAGUGCGUACGCGCCGCAAGCGGGCUUGGGCGAGGAGGUUAAGAGGUGCUUCUGGGAGGGGUUGGAUGAGGUGGUGUGGGGUAUUCCGUCAACGGAGAAGUUAUUUAUAGGAGGGGAUUUCAAUGGUCAUAUUGGGUCAUCGCCUGAGGGUUAUGAAGAGGUGCACGGUGUCUUCAGCUUUGGGGAUAGGAACGGAGGUGGUACUUCUCUAUUGGAUUUCACUAGGGGUUUUGAGUUGGUGAUCGCGAACUCUAGUUUUCCGAAGAGGGAGGAGCAUUUGGUUACUUUUCGGAGUAUGAUGGCUAUGACCUAG